UGAUUAAACGAGAACAAAAUGAUCAAUAUUAAAACUCGUUGUUCGUCGGCACGGAUAUUACGUGCUCUUCUAAGGAUGUGUGGGUUGCGACAGCCUCGAAGACAAUGUCCCUCGAUUUGCUAUGAGUUGCCUCUUCGUCCUCCAUCGUCGAUUCGGCCGUUGUUAGUCUAGCCUGGUAUCUCGAGAGAACCCCGACGCACCAGGUGAGGAAGGACGAGCCUUGAGUUUCUAGGACGAUGUACUACGAUCCUACACCAAAGCUCGGGACGCAUGAAAACUCGGUCCUGUGCCGAACCAUGAUUGGAGUAGCUGAGUAUCGGGACUAUCGGCCCAUAAUAGUGAACGCAUUUCCCAAGCAAUAUGCUUGGAUGGGAGUUCCCGAGGUCGGACAGCGGUAUGGCAUCGGAGCCGGCCAAGAUAUCAGUGUGGUCCGAUUGUGGGUCAAUCCCGACGACCGGAAACUCCCCAUUGGUAUCCAACAGUUUAUCUUGGGAGCAUCAUCCGCCAGACUGUGCCCCUGUCACACUUCGUCUGCGUGUGGCCGCAAACGGUCGUUCUGAGGGGCGUUCAGCAAGCUGGUUCGGCCCGUG